CCCCCGAGAGGUAGAAAGGGCAGCUGGCAGGUCCCACACCUUCUGAGGCAGCGGCAUGGCUUUCCCCUGGCUCCUCUCCUGCUUCGCCCUGGUGGGGGCCGCCUUUGGCUGCGGGGUCCCCGCCAUCCCCCCCGUGCUCAGCGGCCUGUCCAGGAUCGUCAAUGGGGAGGACGCCGUCCCCGGCUCCUGGCCCUGGCAGGUGUCCCUGCAGGACAAAACCGGCUUCCACUUCUGUGGAGGCUCCCUCAUCAGCGAGGACUGGGUGGUCACCGCCGCCCACUGCGGGGUCAGGACCUCUGACGUGGUCGUGGCCGGGGAGUUUGACCAGGGCUCUGAUGAGGAGAACAUCCAGGUCCUGAAGAUCGCCAAGGUCUUCAAGAACCCCAGCUUCAGCAUUUUCACCGUGCGCAAUGACAUCACCCUGCUGAAGCUGGCCACACCCGCCGUCUUCUCCCAGACGGUGUCCGCCGUGUGCCUGCCCAGUGCCGACGAUGACUUCCCCACGGGGACAGUGUGCGUCACCACAGGCUGGGGCAAGACCAAGUACAACGCCAACAAGAUCCCUGACAAGCUGCAGCAGGCGGCCCUGCCCCUCCUGUCCAAUGCCGAAUGCAAGAAGUUCUGGGGCAGCAAGAUCACCGACGAGAUGAUCUGUGCCGGGGCCAGCGGUGUCUCCUCCUGCAAGGGUGACUCUGGAGGCCCUCUGGUCUGCCAGAAGGACGGAGCCUGGACCCUGGUGGGCAUCGUGUCCUGGGGCAGCCGCACCUGCUCUACCACCACGCCCGCCGUGUACGCCCGUGUCACCAAGCUCAUACCCUGGGUGCAGAAGAUCCUGGCCGCCAACUGAGCCCGCAGUUCCUGCCACCUCUGCCCCAAGAGUUGCCAUUAAAUGCAUCUGUUUAGAA